GGCCCGCGCGAGGCCACAAGAGGAGAGCGCUUCCGGAGGCCUCGCGAGAUUUCUCGUGAGCCGCGGUUGACCAGGAGCGUCUGUCUGGUCGCCCAGCAACCGCACGAGGGCUGCGGAGGAGGCCUGGCACCCGCGAAAUUCACCAAACCUGAGUUACCUACCCAGCUCAUCCCGCGAACGAAAGUUGGGCAUAAAACAAUACCUAAACCUGCUUCUUAACAUGGUAUCAGAAGAGAGCUAUUGCCGAGAGUUUGAUUUAUAGAGAAAUCAUGGUUCGACUGACCUUGGAUCUAAUUGCCAAAAAUAGCAAUCUUAAACCCCGAAAAGAAGAAACCACUUUACAAUACCUGAAGAAAAUAACUCAUAUAAAUUUUUCAUACAAAAAUAUAGAUGCAAUUGAGGACCUCUCUCUUUGUAAAAAUCUUAGUGUUUUAUAUUUGUACGAUAACCGUAUUAGUAAAAUCACUAACCUGAAUUAUGCCACAAAUCUGACCCACUUAUACCUACAAAACAAUUGCAUUUCAUGUAUAGAGAACCUCAGGUCAUUAAAGAAACUGGAAAAACUCUACCUGGGAGGCAAUUACAUUGCUGUCAUAGAAGGCUUAGAAGGAUUAGAAGGACUAAGAGAGCUUCAUGUUGAGAGUCAGAGGCUUCCCCUUGGAGAAAAGCUCCUGUUUGAUCCAAGAACUCUUCAAUCUCUGGCAAAAUCCCUCUCUAUAUUGAAUAUCAGCAAUAAUAAUAUUGAUGACAUAAGAGACUUAGAAAUACUAGAGAAUCUUCAUCAGCUCAUAGCAGUUGACAACCAACUUCUGCAUGUGAAGGAUUUGGAGUUUUUACUGAAUAAGCUGAUGAAGUUGCGGAAAAUGGAUCUAAAUAGAAAUCCUGUUUGUCUCAAACCAAAAUACAGAGAUAGACUGAUAUUGGUGUCCAAAUCACUGGAAUUCCUUGAUGGAAAAGUAAUUAAAAAUAUGGAAAGACAAUUCCUAAUGAAUUGGAAAGCAUCCAAAGAUGCCAAGAAAAUCAGCAAAAAAAGGAAGAGUAAGAACGAGGAUACAAGUAACUCAAACAUAAGAAUCUCUCUUUGAAGGAAUCUGAAAGCUUGCUGACAAAAAAUGAUGUACGUGAACCUCACCUUCUUCAUAACUCAAAAGUAAAAGAAAAUCUGUUUGUAAAAAACCAGUAAAUUCAGCCU